AUGCUGGAGAAAGACUUUUCACGGAGCAACUUGUCGUUGGAAGCCAAUCUAAAAAGUGUAAUUGGCAACGGAAUAUCUACUCAGUUCUGGGUUGACUUCUGGAUCGGUACCGGACCGCUUAAAGAUUGUUUUAAAGACCUGUUUAGGCUGGCAAACAACAAAAAUGCAACAGUAAGUGAGUAUUUUCAGCAGGGCAGCCCGGGUCAGUGGGUUUUGCAGUGGGUUCGCGAGCCUGUAACGGCUCAGGAGCUGCAGCAAGUUUGCGACCUGCAACAACUUUUGUCGGGGGUUAUGUGCACUAAUAAAAAGGACGGUUGGGUGUGGAAAGGGGCCGAGGACACUCCUCUUUCAGUGGCUUUUGUUCGGACAAAAAUUCAAGCUGUGGACUACCAAAAUGAGGUCGAAUGGCCUCUUUGGAACAAAUGGAUAUCCCCUAAAAUUAAUAUAUUUUGUUGGAGAGCGUCAAUGAACCGUAUCGCUUCAAAAGAAAGUCUUACGCAUAGGGGUAUCUUGGUAGGGGAUACUCUCUGUCCUAGAUGCGGCAUGUGCGAAGAGUCCACUAUCCAUCUUCUUUGGGAUUGUUUUUUUGCUAAGUCAGUUUGGUGGGAGAUAUUCAUAUGGUUAAAGAUUCCCUUUCCGGUUCAAGUUUCUUCGUUUCAACAAAUUCUUGGCGUGGCUUUGGGGAUGAAUGGGUCGAAUCGCUGGAAAAAAUUAAUAGGGGCAAUUAUGCAAGUGGCAGCUUGGGAGAUAUGGAAAGCGAGAAACGAGAAGAUCUUCAAGGAACGGAAUGUUCAUUUUAUUCGAACGGCCGACGUCAUUAAAGAAGAGUCCUUUCUUUUGGUGUCUAGUAGAUCGAAUUUAUGUAAUCUCGUAUGGGAUAGGUGGAAAGAGUUUAACAUUCGUGAUGUAAUGUUGUAA